AUGGCCGACCACGAUGCGGCUAUCUUACCUGAUCUCCCACCAGACGCGUCACUAACUAGCUUACCUGCUCUACUGAGCGAGUCUGCCAAUCCUGGUCUGGUCACUGCUGGUGCCGGUCGUCGGAGCACGUUCAUGGCUCAUCAGUUGAUGCGCCCACGAGUAAAGCUCAUCCGCCUCGAGCAGCAGCAGCAGCAACAACGUGGGCAGACGGAGAGUAAUCAGUGGCGGGAACGACAGCACCACCAUGUGAAGAGAGAUGACGGCAUCAGUGGCUCAUCACUGCUGGAAACUCCUUCUAUGGGGCUCCAGGACAACUAUCGUCAGUACUCGAAGACAUCUAGAGGACCUUGGGUCGGGAAGGGUGGUGGCACUCCCGCUCAUUUGGGUAAUGUCCAGCAGCAACAAGGUCCACCGGCCAUGGUAGCGAUGAGUGCAGAAGGCACUGGAGGGGAGGGGUGGCCGACGGGAGAGGAUAGUGAUGGGAGAGAUAGAUCUCAUGUAACAUUCAUGCAUACCACCAUCCUUCUCACUCUUGACGCACAUCCCUUGACAUUGUAA